AUGACGACGACUGUCGUGCUCGGGUCGCAGUGGGGCGACGAGGGUAAGGGAAAGCUCGUUGACAUCCUUGCUGCGGAGGCGGACAUCUGCGCCCGAUGUGCUGGUGGUAACAACGCUGGCCACACAAUUGUUGCGCCUAUCAAUGGCGUCAAGACAACUUUUGCCUUUCAUCUCUUGCCCAGUGGCCUUGUGAAUCCUUCAUGUAUCGGCCUCAUCGGAAACGGCGUUGUCGUUCAUGUGCCCUCGUUCUUUGCGGAGCUCGAUGCAUUACAUCUUAUAGGGCUUGACUGUUCUGGUCGACUUUUUGUUUCUGACCGUGCUCAUUUGGUCUUUGACUUCCACCAAAUUGUCGAUGGACUGAAAGAAGUCGAGCUAGGAGGAUCAAGCAUCGGAACGACAAAAAAAGGAAUCGGCCCAGCGUAUUCUGGAAAAGCCUCCCGCUCUGGCCUGCGCAUCCAUCAUCUCUUCGAUCCGGAAACAUUUGCGGACAAAUUUCGCAAACUGGUCGAGGGCCGGUUCAAGCGCUAUGGCUCGUUUGAAUAUGACACAGAGGGGGAGAUAGUGCGCUAUAAGGAACUCGCUGAACGCCUCAAGCCCUACGUUGUAGAUAGUGUUGUUUACCUCCACAAGGCACUGGAAGAGAAGAAGCGCGUCCUGGUUGAAGGCGCUAACGCUGCGAUGCUCGACCUUGAUUUCGGGACCUACCCCUUCGUGACAUCAUCGUCUACGACAAUAGGAGGCGUUUGUACUGGCCUCGGCCUACCUCCACGAGCAAUUGGCAACGCUGUCGGUGUCGUCAAAGCAUACACAACUCGCGUGGGUGGUGGUCCCUUCCCAACGGAGCAACUUGAUACUAUUGGAGAGCAUCUUCAAUCUGUCGGACACGAAUUUGGCGUAACUACUGGCCGAACACGUCGUUGUGGCUGGCUGGACUUGGUCGUUCUCACCCACUCCUGCUUGAUCAAUGGUUACGACGAGCUCAACCUCACCAAACUCGACGUUCUUGACGGACUGGCUGAAAUCAAAAUUGGUGUCGAAUACAAAGUCAAUGGAGCUGCCCUCCCAGGUUUCCCCGCCGACUUAGGCGUCCUAGGCUCAGUCGAUGUUCAGUAUUUCACUCUUCCCGGUUGGCAAACCCCGAUCUCUUCGAUCCGCAAGUACGAAGAUCUACCAGAAAACUGCAGGACCUAUGUGGAGUUCAUCGAAGGGUUCUUGGGAGUGCCGAUAAAGUGGAUUGGUCUCGGCGCGGGUGAGCCCAAUAAAGUCGGGCCUAACCUCCACGGCAUCUUCGGGCGCAAGUCUGGUCAAGCUAAAGACUUCUCAUACACCGCUGCCAACGUCAACAAGGGCGUAACAUGGGACGAGUCAACGCUCUUUGAGUACCUCGAAAACCCGAAAAAAUACAUCCCCGGCACGAAGAUGGCCUUCGCCGGUCUCAAGAAAGACAAAGACCGGAACGACCUUAUCACGUAUAUGAAGGAGGCGACUGCUUAG